CGUCGCCGACGCACGAGGCAUGGCGUCCACGUCGCGUCUCGCCAAAGUCAGCCACAGGAACAGAAGCAGCCAGGCAGCCGGCCCUGCGGAGUCCCUCAAGGAACUGCAGCAAAAGUUAAAAGAGGAGCGAGAAGCCAAGCGAGCGCAGCUCGAUGGAAGACACGACUACGUUCUCAGCACGGUGGCCGCGUGCCUGGGACUGGAGAAGGCCGACGUGGAGGACGCGAUACUGGAGGGGAAGCAGCUUGAUCGCAUGGAACAGUUUUUUGUGGCUGACGGGCUUCCCCACCUGAUGUUUUACCAUCAAGAAACUGGAUCGGUGGAUGGAGGAACAUCCCCGUCGUUAUCCCCGCAACUGCCCGGCCGCGACAAAAAGCUUCGAGUGUUUGUGACCGACGGGAAGGACGUGGCCCUGACCGGGGUCUGCGUCUUUUUCACCAGGGCCGACGCAUCCAAGGCCGUCACUUCAGAAAAUAUCCACAGAGAUGUCAAUUUCAAUAUGUUGGAUACCUCGGACGGGGGUCUGCUCAAAAGUGUGGAGCAGCUGCUCGCUGAGGUCUUCAUACCGACACUGAGCAAGAUGAACCACGGCUGGGGAGAGCUGGCCAGUCCGCAGGCCCAGGCGGUGAAAAAGGACUUCCUAUCGUCCCUGGAAAACUUUGUGUCGGUGUUGGCGGGGGCGCAGGAGAGUCUGCAAGAAAAGGUUACCUUGAAAGAAUGUGACACGUUUGACGUGCGGGUCCUGAAAGGCCCGUCGGACUACGUGGCGGCAGCCAACAACACCGACGCCGUAGAGAAGAUCGAAGGCUGCGUGAAAGGCUGGAUUAAACAAAUCGAAAAGGUUUUAGCUGAGAGCGACCAGCUGAGAAAAGAAGCCGAAGACCUCGGCCCCCGGGCCGAGCUGGACCACUGGAAGAAACGAAUGUCUCGCUUCAACUACCUUCUGGAUCAGCUCAAGAGCGCUGAUGUGAAGGCGUUACUGGGGGUGCUCUUGAUGGCAAAAUCAAAAAUCAUCAAGUUGUGGCGGGAACUGGAUGCCAGGAUCACCGAGUCAGCCAAUGAGGCCAAAGAUAACGUCAAGUAUCUCUACAGCUUGGAGAAGUUUUGCGAUCCUCUUUACAACAGCGAUCCUGUAUCGAUGGUGGCGGCUAUACCGGGUCUUAUCAAUACCAUCAGCAUGAUUCACAGAAUCUCUCAUUACUACAAUACGUCUGAAAAGAUUACGUCGCUCUUUGUCAAGGUAACAAACCAGAUGAUAACAGCCUGCAAAGGCUUCAUCACGAAUAACGGUGAAAAUUCCAUCUGGGAUCAGCCACAACAGAUUGUGGAGGAGAAAAUCAGAGCAGCGAUCCACUUAAAUGAGGAGUACCAGCGUUGUUUCCACAAGACCAAGGCAAAGCUCGAAGAGACUCCCGCAGAAAGACAGUUUGACUUCAGCGAGAUGUACAUUUUCGGGAAGUUUGAUACAUUCCAGCGACGACUCAACAAGAUCCUGGAAAUGUUGGCCACCAUUUCUACCUACUCGGCCCUGCAGGAUGCCAAAAUUGAGGGACUUGAGACCAUGGCCACCAGGUUUCAAACGACAGAAAUGCAGGCCAAAUGGGAGGCAAUCAAACUGAACAUGAAGACAAAACAUUACAGUUUCCUUGACCAGAGAAGAACCGACUUUGAUGUGGACUAUGAGGAGUUCUGCAAAAGCACCGCUGAACUUCAUGUGCAGCUGAGAAAUUUUAUGGACUGCACUUUUGACGAAAUUCAAAAUACAGAACAAGCUCUUCAUGUACUUAAAAGAUUUGAAAGGCUGGGUAUCCCCAAGCUCGGCAUCGACGAGAACUACCGGCAUGUUCUGAAGAGCUACGGCCGGGACAUCGAAAUGGUGUCCAACCUCUACACGAUGCAAAAACUCCACCCACCGGUCGGCCGAGACUUGCCCCCGGUCUCUGGCCGGAUCAUGUGGGCUCGGCAGUUGUACAGUAGAAUUCAGGGUCCCAUGGAUCUGUUUCAACAGCACACCGGGGUCCUUUCCACACCGGAGGCUAAAAAUAUCAUCCGGAAUUACAACAGGGUGGCAGCAGUUCUCCUCAAAUAUGAGAUACUUCACCAUCAAAGCUGGAUGGAAAAGGUUGAGGAUGCCAGGCCAGGCCUGCAGGCCUCUUUGCUGGUCCGCUCGACAGAGACAGGAGAGCUGCUCGUGAACUUUGACCCCGAGAUUACGACCCAGAUCAGAGAGACGAACUGCAUGAGCAGGAACAAUUUGGAGGUGCCACCUUUUGCCGCUCUGCUUCAGCGAAAGCAGGACACCCUCAAAAAGAGCAUCAACGACUUACAGUUCAUGUUGAGUGAGAAUUCCAGAGUUCGUGGGAAGAUUCAGAGCGCCUUUGAACACUUGGCCACGCCGCACGUAGCUAAGGUCGAUGAGGCGAUACAGCCGGGAUUGACGUCCCUCAACUGGACAUCAAUGAACAUCGACGAGUAUCUCGGUAGCGUCGACAAAUCCUUGGGGGAUCUGGAGCUGUUGAUGGACAGAGUGAAUGACCUGGCAGAGUUCAGGAUCGACGCAGUGCUGCAGGAGAUGAGCACCUGCACGCUGUGCACGCUCCCAGAAGAUGAACCGUUCACCUGCGAGGAGUUUGUCAAGACCACCAGGGACUUGUGCAUAAAGCAAGCCCAGAGUCUGCACGCCAAGAGUCUGCAGGUGGAGGAAGCGGCUAAUGAACUGAUCAACAUGCUGCUGGAGUUUGAGCACAAUCGAGGGGAGGACGGAGAAAAGAUGGAGGAAGAAACCGAUCCUCAGAGGAAAACAGAAGACAGUGUCGACAGGGAAGGGCUCUCAGAAGCCCAUCACUUCUCUAGAAACACCUUGCUACCUCCUGCCCGUGCUGGGCCGGCUUCCCCCAUGUUGAGGAAGAAGAGGAAGGAGGACCUGGUCCAAGCGAUGGAGGUGGAGGCGCGAGAGCUGCUGUCACAUUUCAACCAGCGCAACGUAGAGGCUUUGCUCAAACUGACACGCAACACCUUAGAGAUGCUACGCAAGCGCAUCCAGACCUCUCCGCUUGCACAUUUCACAUGUGCGAAUGACUCUCCGAGACGAGGGAGGAGCAAUAGCCAGCAGGCAAUCUUCAGAGUCAACGUGACCCUCUCCAUCCCAAACAUUGCCGUCGUUCCGACUCUCGAGGACGUACAGCAGGCCUUGAAUAGGGCUGUAGAGUUUGCGCUCAGCGUUAGCAAAGGCGUUGGGCAGUGGAACAAAGAAAGAAUCUCAAAGAAAAAAAUGAAUGAAAGGCGAAUAGAGGCAUUGAAACCAGACAGUUCUGAAAGUGAAUCAGAAGACGGAACGACAACCUACCGGAGUCUUGCCGAAGGCAGCACCUCGGACAUAUCACCGACUGCGAGCCAAGCCAUUCCUUGGCAAGCCAGAAACUACUACAAGAGUGUUUCUGAGAACAAGGAGAUUGCCAAACUGGUUUCUGUCCUUGGCACGUCCAUUGUCUCCAACAGAAAGGAGGUGACGCAAGCGCUAGAUCGUUUCAGAAGAUACCAUCACAUUUGGAAAAAGGACCGCGGUGACACCAUGCAAAAGUUCCUUCAGGAUAGUCCAUUAUUGUCAGAGUUUGAAAGCCAGAUUCUCUACUAUCGAGACUUGCAGCAGGAAAUAAACUCAGAACCCGAGUGCAUGACUGUCGGGGCAUUGGCUCUAUUUAUGGGUGAUCUGAAGAUGGCUCUCACUGCUGAAACUAAGAACUGGAUGGUGGACUACGGCCAGUACUGUAACAGGAAAUAUCGUUCUGAGAUGGAGCAGAUCUUCAACUUCAUUGAUGAAGCGGGGAAGAAGCUGAACCGGCAGAUUAAAGACCUGGAUGACAUUCGCAUCGCAAUGGCAGCGUUCAAGGCGAUCAGAGAAAGCCAAAUAGCGAUUGACUUUCAAGUUGCUCCUAUUGAGGAGUCGUACGCCAUGCUUCACAAAUAUGACCUAUCGGUGGCCAAAGAAGAAGCAGACAAAGUGGACACACUCCGCUACAUGUGGGAGAAGUUGUUGCUGCGCAGCGCAGAGGUGCAGAACGAACUGAUUGCCCUGCAGCCCAAAUUCAGAGCUGAACUAUUCACCAACGUGCGGAUUUUCGUGGAAGACUGUCAACAGUUUUACGCAGACUAUGACAAGGACGGUCCAAUGGUGGUGGGAUUAGCUCCUCAGGAUGCCAGCGAUAGACUUAUGAUGUACCAGAAUCGAUUCGAUAACUUGUUCAGAAAGUACAUCACCUACACGGGCGGUGAGGAGCUUUUCGGCCUUCCUGUAACGCAGCAUCCUCAACUCCUAGAAAUUAGAAAGCAGCUGUCCUUGCUGCAAAAGCUGUACGGCCUCUACAACAAUGUCAUAGAAACAGUUAACGGGUACAACGACAUCCUUUGGGCUGACUUGCAGAUUGAGAAAAUCAAUAACGAUCUGCAGGACUUUCAGACGAGGUGCCGCAAGCUGCCUCGGGCUCUCAAGGAGUGGCAGGCCUUCUUGGAGCUGAAGAAAAUCAUCGAUGAAUUCAAUGAGUGCUGCCCCCUACUGGAGCUAAUGGCCAACAAGGCCAUGAUGACGCGGCACUGGAAGAGAAUUAGCCAGGUGACGGGACAUACAUUUGAGAUUGAGACUGAUACUUUCAAGCUACGUAGUAUUUUGGAGGCUCCUCUACUCAGAUAUAAAGAGGAGAUCGAGGAUAUUUGCAUCAGUGCGGUGAAAGAGCGCGACAUUGAGCAGAAGCUGAAGCAAGUUCUCGCCGAGUGGGACGGCAAGACUUUGACAUUCGCCAACUUUAAAUCCCGUGGGGAGCUCUUGCUGAGAGGAGACAGCACAUCAGAAAUUAUCACCAGUAUGGAGGACAGCCUCAUGAUUUUAGGAUCUCUCCUUAGCAACAGGUACAACAGCCCGUUUAAAGCCCAGAUACAGAAGUGGGUUCUGAAUCUGUCCAACACAACCGACAUCGUGGAAAACUGGAUGACUGUCCAGAACCUUUGGAUCUACCUGGAGGCUGUGUUUGUGGGCGGGGACAUUGCUAAACAGCUCCCAAAGGAAGCAAAGCGUUUCUCCAACAUUGACAAAUCUUGGGUGAAGAUCAUGACGCGGGCCCACGACAUGCCCAACGUGAUCCAGUCCUGCGUUGGGGAUGAGACAAUGGGACAGCUGCUUCCUCACCUCCUGGAGCAGCUCGAGAUCUGCCAGAAAUCUCUCACAGGCUACCUGGAGAAGAAGCGUCUGCUGUUCCCUCGCUUCUUCUUUGUGUCCGACCCGGCCCUGCUCGAGAUCCUGGGUCAGGCCUCCGACUCGCACACCAUCCAAGCGCACCUUCUUAAUGUCUUUGACAACAUCAAAUCUGUCAGAUUCCAUGACAAGGCGUAUGACCGCAUUUUGGCCGUAUCAUCUCGGGAAGGGGAGACUAUGGAACUGGAUCGACCGGUCACGGCGGAAGGCAAUGUUGAGGUCUGGCUCAACGCCCUCCUGAAGGAAUCCCAGAGGUCUUUGCACAUGAUCAUCCGGCAGGCGGUCCUGGCCACCCAGGAAUCUGGCUUCCAGCUUAUCGAUUUUCUAAACUCCUUUCCUGCUCAAGUGGGCUUGCUGGGCAUCCAGAUGAUUUGGACAAGAGACUCUGAGGACGCUCUGGCCAACGCCCGAUACGAUCGUCGUAUUAUGGCCAAAACCAAUCAAACGUUUUUGGAUAUGCUCAAUACUUUGAUCGACAUGACCACGAGAGACCUGAGCGCUAUUGAUCGGACCAAGUACGAGACGCUCAUCACGAUCCACGUGCACCAGAGGGACAUAUUUGAUGACCUCUGCCGACUGCACGUCAAAAGUCCCGGAGACUUUGAGUGGUUGAAGCAGUGCCGCUUCUACUUCAACGAGGACUCCGACAAAACGAUCAUCAGCAUCACGGACGUCGGCUUUGCUUACCAGAACGAAUUUUUGGGUUGCACCGAAAGGCUCGUCAUUACGCCCUUGACAGACAGGUGCUACAUCACUCUUGCCCAGGCUCUCUUCAUGAGCAUGGGUGGAGCACCUGCCGGCCCUGCGGGAACAGGUAAAACGGAGACCAUUAAAGACAUGGGUCGCUGUCUGGGGAAGUACGUGGUGGUCUUCAACUGUUCGGACCAGAUGGACUUCAGAGGUCUGGGAAGAAUAUUCAAGGGUCUCGCUCAGUCUGGUUCGUGGGGAUGUUUUGACGAAUUCAACCGCAUCGAGCUUCCCGUGCUGUCGGUGGCAGCCCAGCAGAUUUCGAUUGUGCUGAGCUGCAAGAAAGAGAGACGAAAAAACUUCAUCUUCACCGAUGGAGAAACUGUAGAGAUGAAUCCGGAAUUCGGCGUCUUUCUAACAAUGAACCCGGGCUACGCAGGGCGACAAGAACUCCCAGAAAACCUCAAGAUCAACUUUCGCUCUGUGGCCAUGAUGGUUCCCGACCGCCAAAUAAUCAUCAGAGUGAAGCUGGCCAGCUGCGGCUUCAUUGACAACAUGGAGCUGGCUCGGAAAUUCUUCACUCUCUACAAGCUGUGUGAAGAGCAGCUCUCCAAGCAGGUUCACUAUGAUUUUGGCUUGCGGAACAUUCUGUCCGUGUUGCGAACUCUGGGAGCAGCCAAACGCGCCAAUCCCAGCGACACAGAGUCUACCAUCGUCAUGAGGGUCCUCAGGGACAUGAAUCUCUCAAAGCUGAUCGACGAAGAUGAGCCUCUCUUCCUGAGCUUGAUUGACGACCUGUUCCCCGGCAUUCAGCUGGAUAAAGCGGGCUACCCUGAACUCGAGGCAGCCAUUGACAAACAGGUCGAAGAUGCCGGUCUGAUCUGUCACCUACCCUGGAAACUGAAAGUCAUUCAGCUAUUUGAGACUCAGAGGGUCCGGCACGGCAUGAUGGCCCUCGGCCCCAGUGGGGCAGGAAAAACAACUUGCAUCCACACGCUGAUGAGAGCGAUGACGGAAUGUGGUCAACCUCACAGAGAGAUGCGCAUGAACCCCAAAGCCAUCACCGCACCUCAGAUGUUCGGCCGACUCGACGUGGCAACAAACGAUUGGACGGACGGCAUCUUCUCGACCCUCUGGAGGAAAACGCUGAGGGCGAAGAAAGGCGAGCACAUUUGGAUCGUCCUGGACGGACCAGUCGAUGCCAUCUGGAUCGAGAACCUUAACUCGGUCUUGGAUGACAACCGAACUCUGACUUUGGCAAAUGGAGACCGUAUACCGAUGGCACCCAACUGCAAGGUGGUGUUUGAGCCACACAACAUCGACAACGCCUCUCCGGCCACCGUGUCGCGCAACGGCAUGGUGUUCAUGAGCUCUUCCGUGCUCGGCUGGGGCCCGAUAUUGGAGGGGUGGUUGAAAAAACGCUGCCCCCAGGAGGUCUCGGUUCUGAGGGGCCUGUUUUCCUCCUCCUUCACCAAACUCCACCGCUUCUGCGUUCAGUCGCUCGAGUUCAAAAUGGAGCUGCUGGAGGCUUUUGUCAUCAAGCAGUGCAUCGACAUCCUGCAGGGGCUCAUACCGACAAAGGAACAGUGUGCGGACAUAUCCCGAGAGCACCUCGAGCGCCUGUACGCAUUCGCCAUGAUGUGGAGCACCGGAGCCGUCCUUGAACUAGAGAACCGCAAGAAAAUGGAGACGUGGCUACGAGGAAACGACAGCGUCCAUCUGAACUUGCCCGACAUCCCUCCUGACAGCGAGGAGACCGUGUUCGACUAUCAUGUCGCAACGGAUGGUCAGUGGGUCCACUGGCGCACCCGAGUGGAGGAAUAUGUUUACCCGUCAGAAGUCACCCCGGAGUACAGCUCCAUCUUGGUGCCAAACGUGGACAAUGUUCGAACGGACUUCCUGAUACAGACCAUCGCCAAGCAGGGCAAGGCCGUUUUGCUGAUCGGCGAGCAAGGAACGGCCAAGACGGUGAUGAUUAAGGGCUUCGUGUCAAAGCUCCAUCCUGACACGCACGUGGGAAAGACGCUCAACUUUUCCUCCGCCACCACUCCCCUCAUAUUCCAGAGAACAAUUGAGAGUUAUGUGGAUAAAAGGAUGGGAAGCACGUAUGGACCCCCGGCUGGGAAAAAAAUGUCAGUCUUCGUCGAUGAUAUCAACAUGCCCGUCAUCAACGAGUGGGGCGAUCAGGUGACAAACGAGAUUGUCCGCCAGCUGAUGGAUCAGAAUGGGUUCUUCAAUCUGGAAAAACCAGGAGAAUUCACCGCCAUUGUCGACGUCCAGUUCCUCGCAGCGAUGAUCCAUCCCGGAGGAGGCCGUAAUGACAUCCCGCAAAGACUGAAGAGACAGUUUUCCAUAUUUAACUGCACGCUGCCCUCCAAUUCCUCCAUCGACAAGAUCUUUGGUGUGAUUGGCGAAGGUUACUUCUGCGCACAACGCGGUUUUGCGGAUGACGUCGGAAGCACGGUGCCCUUUCUGGUGUCCAUGACUCGCCAGCUUUGGCAGCUGACGAAAGUGAAAAUGCUUCCAACUCCUGCCAAGUUCCACUACAUCUUCAACCUUCGGGAUCUGUCCAGGGUCUGGCAAGGCUUGCUUAAUACCAGCGCGGAGGUGCUCAACUCCGCCCAGGUGCUGCUGGCUUUGUGGAAGCACGAAUGCAAACGCGUCAUCGCUGACAGAUUCAUCCUGCCCGAGGAAGUGGACUGGUUUGACCUGGCACUGGCAAGCCUGGUCGAGGACACACUCGGCGAGAAGCACAAGGCGACGGUGGACCUCGGCGUGGACAGAUAUUUUGUGGACUUUAUGCGAGACGCCCCUGAAGCAACAGCAACAGGAGAGCAACCCCAAGACUCCGACGUGGAUUUACCCAAAGUGUACGAGGCUGUUGAGACGUUUGAGAGCUUAAAGGGCAGACUGAACAUGUUCCUGGGUCUUUACAACGACAGCGUCAGGGGUACCGGCAUGGACAUGGUCUUCUUUCAGGACGCAAUGAUACAUUUGGUCAAGGUCUCAAGGAUAAUCCGGACACCUGGAGGGAAUGCCUUGUUGGUUGGCGUCGGAGGUUCUGGAAAACAGAGCUUGACCAGACUGGCCUCAUUCAUCGCCGGAUACAAAAUUUUCCAGAUCACUCUGACGCGUUCCUACAACACGAGCAACUUGAUGGAGGACCUCAAGGGCGUGUACAGGACGGCGGGCCUGCUGGGAAAAGGCCUCAGCUUCCUCUUCACUGACAACGAAAUCAAGGAAGAGUCCUUCCUUGAAUACAUGAACAACGUUUUGUCGUCUGGAGAGGUGUCAAACCUGUUCGCUCGGGAUGAACUGGAUGAGAUCCUGAGCGAUCUGGUGCCGAUCAUGAAGCGAGAGUUCCCAAGACGGCCGUCCACCAACGAAAACCUGUACGAGUACUUCAUGUCACGGGUCCGACGCAACCUUCACGUUGUUCUGUGCUUUUCACCCGUUGGGGAAAAGUUCCGCAACCGGGCUCUAAAGUUCCCCGCCCUGAUAUCGGGUUGCACGAUGGACUGGUUCAGACGUUGGCCCAAAGAUGCGCUAGUUGCAGUUUCAGAGCACUUUGUGUCGACGUUUGAUAUCGAGUGCUCACCUCAAGUCAAGCGGGAGGUGAUUCAAUGCAUGGGCUCUUUCCAGGAUGGCGUCGCUGAGAAAUGCGUGGAUUACUUCCAGAGAUACCGACGCGCCACCCACGUCACGCCCAAGUCUUACCUGUCCUUCAUCCAGAACUACAAGAACAUCUAUGACGAAAAGAGGUCUGAAGUUAAGACUCUGGCCAACAGGAUGAACACAGGCCUCCAGAAGCUGAAGGAAGCAUCGCAAUCGGUAGCGGCACUCAGCAAAGAGCUGGAGUUGAAAGAGAAAGAACUGCAAGUGGCCAAUGACAAAGCUGACAUGGUGCUGAAAGAAGUGACCGUCAAAGCCCAAGCAGCUGAGCGGGUGAAGGUGGAGGUUCAGAAGGUCAAGGACAAGGCCGAGGCCAUCUUAGAGCGCAUCUCUGCCGACAAGGCCAUCGCCGAGCAGAAACUGGAAGCUGCCAAGCCCGCUUUGCAGGAGGCCGAGGAAGCGCUGAAGACAAUCAAGCCAUCUGACAUCGCCACGGUGCGGACACUCGGCCGCCCCCCGCACCUCAUCAUGAGGAUUAUGGACUGCGUGCUGCUGCUCUUCCACAGGCGACUCAACCCUAUCAAAUUCGACCCCGAGAAGAACUGCAGCGUUCCGUCGUGGCAGGAGUCUCUCAAACUCAUGACGGCAGGAAAUUUUCUGGGCAGUCUGCAGCAAUUCCACAAAGACACCAUUAAUGAGGAGGUGGUGGAGCUCCUGCAGCCCUACUUUGACAUGGCCGACUACAACAUCGAAACGGCCAAGCGAGUGUGCGGCAACGUGGCCGGCCUGGCGUCCUGGACCAAAGCCAUGGCCUCCUUCUUUUCCAUCAACAAGGAAGUCUUGCCUUUAAAGGCUAACUUGGUCGUGCAGAAGAAUCGUCUGUCCGCCGCUCGCGCCGACUUUAAGACGGCUCAGGCCGAGCUGGACGCCAAGCAAGCUGAGCUGGAUGUGGUGCAGUGCGAGUACGAGAAGGCCAUGAUGGAGAAACAGACACUGAUGGAGGACGCCGAGCGCUGCCGGUACAAAAUGCAGACGGCUUCCAGUCUGAUCAGCGGCUUAGCCGGCGAGAAGGAGAGAUGGACAGAACAGAGCAAAGAGUUUGCUGCUCAAACCAAGCGUCUCGUCGGCGACAUCCUCCUUGCCACGGCGUUCCUGUCUUACUCGGGUCCCUUCAACCAGGAGUUCCGCAACCUCCUCCUCAGCGAUUGGCAAAAUGAACUGAGGCAGCGUCAAAUCCCGUUUGGCAGCAAUCUCAAUCUGACUCAGAUGCUUAUUGAUGCGCCCACUGUCAGCGAGUGGAAUCUACAGGGGCUACCGAAUGAUGACUUAUCAAUUCAGAACGGCAUCAUUGUCACCAAAGCCGCACGCUUCCCUCUCCUUGUCGACCCUCAAACGCAAGGAAAAAUCUGGAUUAAGAACAAAGAGGCCGGGAAUGAGCUGCAGAUCACCACAUUGAAUCAUAAGUACUUCAAAAACCACCUUGAAGACAGUUUGUCUCUUGGGCGGCCGCUCUUGAUUGAGGACGUAGGGGAGGAGCUGGACCCAGCUCUCGACAAUAUUCUCGAGAAAAACUUCAUCAAGACUGGAUCCACUUAUAAGGUCAAAAUUGGAGACAAAGAGGUGGACGUCAUGAAGGGCUUCAGGCUGUAUGUGACCACCAAGCUGCCCAACCCGGCGUACACCCCUGAGAUCAGUGCCCGCACCUCCAUCAUUGACUUCACCGUAACGAUGAGAGGGCUGGAGGACCAGCUCCUAGGCCGGGUCAUCCUCAAAGAGAAACAGGAACUGGAAAAGGAGAGGACAGAUCUCUUAGAAGAUGUUACAUCUAACAAGCGGAAGAUGAAGGAGCUUGAAGACAACCUCCUCUGCCGACUGACCAGCACACAGGGCUCACUCGUGGAUGAUGAAAGUCUGAUUGCUGUUCUUGCCACCACCAAGUGCACAGCUGAAGAGGUCAAUCAGAAACUGCAGAUUGCAGCUGACACCCAGGUUCAAAUCAGCGCCGCAAGGGAGGAGUAUCGACCCGUGGCCACCAGAGGCAGCAUCUUGUAUUUCCUGAUGACAGAAAUGAGCAUGGUGAAUGUCAUGUAUCAGACUUCCCUGAGGCAGUUCCUGGGACUUUUCGACCUUUCUCUGGCUCGGUCCCUGAAAAGUCCCAUCACCAGCAAGCGUAUCGCCAACAUCAUCGAGUUCAUGACCUUCGAGGUGUACACGUACGCGGCCCGAGGCUUGUACGAAAAGCACAAGUUUCUCUUUACUCUGCUCUUGACGCUCAAGAUCGACAUGCAGUGCGGCAAAGUCAAGCACGAGGAGUUUCUCACGCUCGUUAAAGGAGGCGCAUCCCUGGACCUGAAGGCGUGCCCGGCAAAAGCAGCAAAAUGGAUACUCGACAUGACUUGGCUCAAUCUUGUAGCACUCGGAAAACUCUGGGAGUUCUCUGAUGUGCUGGAGCAGAUAAGUCGCAAUGAGAAGCAGUGGAAAUUGUGGUUUGAUAAGGAAGCGCCAGAGGAGGAAAAGAUCCCAAACUCCUACGAUCAGACACUCGACUGUUUUAGGCGCCUGCUUCUUAUUCGCUGCUGGUGUCCCGACCGAACCAUUGCACAGGCCCGUAAAUACAUAAUGUCUGCGAUGGGGGAGAAGUACGCCGAAGGGGCCGUUCUCGACUUGGAAAAGACUUGGGUGGAAUCGGACUCGCGAACUCCUCUGAUCUGUUUCUUGUCGAUGGGAUCCGACCCGACGGACUCCAUCAUCGCUUUGGGAAAACGGCUGAAGAUUGAGACGCGAUAUGUCUCCAUGGGACAAGGACAAGAGGUCCAUGCCCGUAAACUUCUGCAGCAGAACAUGGCUAAUGGUGGCUGGGCCUUACUUCAGAACUGCCACCUGGGUCUGGACUUCAUGGACGAGCUAAUGGACAUAAUAACAGAGGCGGAAUUUGUCCAUGACAGUUUCCGCCUGUGGAUGACCACUGAGGUCCACAGGCACUUUCCCAUCACCCUCCUCCAAAUGUCCAUCAAGUUCACAAAUGAGCCACCGCAGGGCUUGAAGGCGGGACUUAAAAGGACCUAUGGAGGCAUUAACCAGGACCUUUUGGAUGUCAGCAGCAUGGCCCAGUGGAAGCCAAUUUUGUACGGCGUUGCAUUCCUCCACAGCACGGUGCAGGAAAGACGAAAGUUUGGCCCUCUGGGAUGGAACAUUCCCUACGAGUUUAACCAGGCAGACUUUAACGCCACUGUGCAGUUUGUUCAAAACCACCUCGAUGACGUGGACGUCAAAAAGGGUGUGUCGUGGACGACCGUGCGCUACAUGAUUGGAGAAAUUCAGUACGGAGGCCGCGUGACCGACGACUACGACAAGCGCCUUCUCAACACGUUUGCCAAAGUGUGGUUUAGCGAGGAAAUGUUUGGACCUGGAUUCAACUUCUACAAAGGCUACAACAUCCCAAAAUGCUCCAGCGUGGACCAGUACCUUACAUAUAUCCAGGGUCUUCCAGCCUACGACACUCCAGAGGUGUUUGGUCUGCACCCGAAUGCAGACAUCACCCACCAAAGUAAAUUGGCAAAGGACGUAUCGGACACGAUUCUCAGCAUUCAGCCUAAAGAUAGCUCAUCGGGGGGAGGGGAGACGAGAGAGGCUGCGGUGUCCAGGCUGGCUGACGACAUGCUGGAGAAACUGCCCGCAGACUACGUCCCUUUCGAAGUGAGAGAACGGCUUCAGAAGAUGGGCCCGUUCCAGCCGAUGAACAUUUUCCUGCGUCAGGAGAUAGACCGCAUGCAGCGGAUCAUAGCCCUGGUCCGAAACACCCUAACUGAUCUCAAGUUGGCAAUCGACGGUACCGUCGUCAUGAACGAGAACCUGCGAGAUGCCCUGGACUGCAUGUACGACGCACGGAUUCCUGAACGCUGGAAGAAGGAAUCGUGGGCCUCCAGCACUCUGGGGUUCUGGUUUACCGAGUUGCUUGAGCGCAACCGGCAGUUUCAGGCUUGGAUCUUUGAGGGACGACCAAACUGCUUCUGGAUGACCGGCUUCUUCAACCCGCAGGGCUUUCUGACCGCUAUGAAACAGGAGAUCACCCGGGCCAAUAAAGGUUGGGCUCUGGAUCGCAUGGUGCUUUGCAACGAGGUGACCAAGUGGAUGAAGGACGACGUCACGCAGCCGCCCGCCGAGGGAGUUUACGUCUGCGGCCUCCAUCUGGAGGGGGCCGGCUGGGAUCGCCGCAACUGCAAACUGGUCGACUCCAAACCCAAAGUCCUUUUUGAGAUGAUGCCCGUAAUUCGGAUGUAUGCAGGGAAUAAUGGAAUCAGGGACAGCCGCCUUUAUUCCUGUCCCAUCUACAAAAAGCCAGUGAGGACGGACAUGAACUACAUCGCAGCGGUGGACCUCAAGACCUCACACUCUCCCGAGCACUGGAUCCUGCGAGGCGUGGCGCUCCUCUGUGAUGUCAAAUGAUCGCCGAGCGACCAAAGGCAAC